UUCCGUGUCGCUCGGAGAGUGGGAGAAGGCAAGAUGGCGGCGGCAGUGCGUGGAGCUCCCGGGCUGCGCCGGCGGAGGUCGAUGGCAGCUUCUCUAGCCGCGGCGCUGGUGCUCCUAUGCCUGGCGCGGGAGGCGGCGGCCGGGGGAGGCGGGACCCGCACGCUGGUGCUGCUGGAGAACAUGAACCUGAAGGACACGCACUCGCUCUUCAUGCGCAGCCUGGCAGAUAGGGGCUUUGAUCUCACCUUCAGGACUGCAGAUGACCCUGGCUUGUCUCUCAUUAAAUAUGGAGAGUUCCUGUAUGACAACCUGAUUAUCUUCUCUCCAUCUGUAGAAGAUUUUGGAGGCAACAUUAAUGUGGAGACCAUUGCUGCUUUCAUCGAUGGAGGGGGAAGCAUCCUUGUGGCAGCCAGUUCAGAUAUUGGCGAUCCCCUUCGAGAGCUGGGAAGUGAAUGUGGCAUAGAAUUUGAUGAGGAGAAGACAGCUGUCAUUGACCAUCACAACUACGAUGUCUCUGAUCUGGGUCAGCACACCCUCAUUGUGGCAGAUUCUGAGCACCUCCUGAAGGCUCCGACUAUUGUGGGGAAGAAGCCUCUGAAUCCCAUCCUCUUUCGGGGAGUUGGGAUGGUGGCUGAUCCCGACAACCCUCUGGUUCUAGAUAUCCUGACUGGCUCCUCAACCUCUUACUCCUUCUUUCCUGACAAACCCAUCACACAGUACCCUCAUGCUGUUGGGAAGAACACGCUCCUGAUUGCUGGACUCCAGGCCCGGAAUAACGCCCGUGUUGUCUUCAGUGGUUCCCUGGAUUUCUUCAGUGACGCCUUCUUCAACUCUGCUGUGCAGAAAGCUACCCCUGGCUCCCAGAGGUACUCGCAGACGGGGAACUACGAGCUGGCCAUGGCUUUGUCGCGCUGGGUGUUCAAGGAGGAAGGCGUCCUUCGUGUGGGAGAGGUGUCCCACCACCGGGUGGGGGAGAUAGUGCCCCCUAGUGCCUACACCGUCACAGACCUGGUGGAAUACAGUAUCGUAAUUGAGAAGCUCUCUGAUGGGAAGUGGGUCCCCUUUGAUGGCGAUGAUAUCCAGCUUGAAUUUGUCCGCAUCGACCCGUUUGUGAGAACUUUCCUCAGGAGGAACGGAGGCAAGUACAGUGUCCAGUUCAAGCUGCCCGACGUCUAUGGAGUCUUCCAGUUCAAAGUGGAUUACAACCGGCUGGGCUACACCCACCUGUACUCCUCCACCCAGGUAUCGGUUCGCCCCCUCCAGCACACGCAGUACGAGCGAUUCAUCCCCUCGGCGUACCCCUACUAUGCCAGUGCCUUCUCCAUGAUGGUGGGCCUCUUCCUGUUCAGCAUUGUGUUCCUCCACAUGAAGGAGAAGGAGAAAUCGGACUGAGGGUCUCCCAGCGAGAGGAGUAGGGAGCCCACCUCUUCCAAGGCGGUGGCCCCAAGCAGUGCAGGCGCUGAGUGCACACAACAUUUGGAGACUGGAAGUCCUCAGGGUCGAGGGACCAGGGCCUGGUGGGUGGGGAUUAGGACUUUGGGGGUGGGCCAAGGGGAAGGAAGCAGAUGCCUCUUGGAGGAAGAGAAGGAAGAGUGAGCAGUCCCUGAAUGAACUCUUACAGAAGCCAUGUGUCAGUUCUUUUGUGGAUGUCUCUCAAACAUGCUUACUGCCACUGUGACUUGUUUCUGGUCUCCCAACAAAAGAUUGCUGUACUUGAAUUUUGUUUUCUGAAAUAAAGCAGCCUCACCUUCCAGUGA